GUAGAACAGAGAACAAUGGAAGGAGAAGAAAGAGAGUUGCUAUGGAAAUCAGCACCCCAACCAGAAUCCAUCGUCUCCGUCACACUCGCACGUGCCAUGACUUCUCUUCUCACGACCAGCCCCAAGAAACUCCACGACUCCAUUUCUCGCCUAUCCUCGCACUCACACCUUUCCAAACCUUCUCUGGACGAUUCCCUGUGGUUCCUCCACAGCUUCGUAACCGAAGCUGCAACCAACAACCGUUCCCUCGACCAACUCCUCCUUCCCAUCAUCCACAACUCGUUGAAGUCGAAGCACGGUCACCAAGCUAUGGUUCUCUUCAACUGGCUCUUUCAGGACCAGCUUCUUUUCCAACCCGUUGCUGAAGCCCUCGCCGGUGUCGUCACUGGAAAGCACGAUCGCUACUUGUUGCUUGGUUGGUGUCUCCUUCUUCGGAACCUUGUCGAGUACGAGAGUUCUGCUCAUCAAUCCAUGUUUGCUGGAAUAAGAGAAAGAUAUGGUGAUUUGUUGAAGAUACUGUCCACUUGCCUUCACGAUUUGGCAGGCAUUGUGAGUAAAGAAAGCAAUUUGCAGGAUGGUUUUGAGUUGCCAUCUCGCCUUGGAGUGUCUGCCGCUGACUGUUUUUUGUCCCUUUCGGGAGCAUUAACAAAGGUGGCUGAGCAUCCAAGUAAGAAGUCGAAAUUAAAUGCUACAGCAAAAGAUCAGGAAAUUACUUCUGUACAAUCUUCUGCUAUUGACAAGAAGGUGAAAUUGGAUUCAAAAUCUUUGUUGGUGUCAAAGAUUGAAAGGAACUGUACUCUGUGGGAUCAUUUAGAUGACCUUAUUUGUUUGGUGCAAAGACUCCUUUCUUGGAGCAAGAAAAGUCGUUUUUUACAUGCCAAAGGCUUGGAGCAAGUUCUUAAAUGGCUGGAGGAGACAAAGAAUCACUAUGGGUCCUUUCAACAUGAGGCAGAUUCUAAUGCUCGCAAGACUGGGGAUUUACUGCUCUCUUCUUGCUGGAAGCAUUAUAGCAUACUUCUACACUUGGAAGAUAAGAAGUUUUCUCAGCAUUACAAGGAACUGUUGGACCAGUAUUUGUCUGGCAUUCAGUAUUAUAUGGACAACCACGGUAGUGGAUCUACUGACAGCAAUGAUGGUGGGUUGGAGACCCGAAAGUUUUUUUUGAAUUGUCUAUGCCUACUGCUGGGACGUCUAGACAGCAAGAGAUUUGAAGGCAUGGUGUUGGAAUUUGGGAUGAAUAUCUCACGCAUUCUAGUACCACAGCUUAAUUGCACUGAUGAAGAUGUGAUAGUUGGUGUUGUUUCAAUAUUCAAGGCUAUCAUUCUUAAGCCAGAUUACUCACAAGAAGAUAACAGUAGGCAGGCAAAUGUUGUGAUACCUUUUUUGCUUCACCUUUUAGAUGAGCAGGAUGGUACAGCAAGAGCUGUUGUUAUGCUGAUAGCAGAAUACUACUCAAUGAGCAAAGAUGAUAAUAGUCUUCUGGAAGUUCUGAAGCGCCUUUCUUCUGGAAACAUUUCACAGAGAAGAAAUGCUAUGGAUGUUAUAUCAGAAGUCUUACAUAUAUCAUCGUCACAAAUUUUAAUGCCUUAUUCUGCUUGGCAAGAUAUAGCCAACAAAUUGCUAGAGCGGCUUCAAGAUGAAGAAAAUAUGAUUCGUGAGCAGGCAUCCAAAUUACUUCCAUUGAUAGACCCUUCAUUGUACUUGCCUGCACUAGUUAGUUUGGUUUGCUCUCCAGAUGAGAGCCAAUCAUAUGCUAGUGAUGCCAUCAUUGGGGCCCUCAAAUGUCACAACCAGAGAAUUGAAAUCGUAUUCUUGCUUCUUGACUGUCUUAGCGACAUCAGUAAAAACCAAGAUCUUCCACAACCUAUUGGAGAUAAAGGGUCAAAAUUGGAUACUGACCGGGUGUUCAAACUGGUUCCUGAGUGGUCUAAAAAUGUUCAAGACUGGAACUUCUUAAUUGGACCACUGGUUGACAAGAUGUUUGCAGAUCCAUCAAAUGCAACUAUUGUCAAAUUUUUGAGUUAUAUAAGUGAAGACCUGGCAAAUAUUGCUGAUCUUGUAUUGCAUCAUGUUCUGUUGCAUGUUAGAGAACAGAAGAAGUUGGAUGAAAGUUUGUUAUCAAGAUGGGAGCAUAGAACCUAUACCAGUGAUGAGUUUGAAGAAAUGCAGCGAUAUCUGUUUGAGCAUCUGUGCCCUUUGCUCAUAAUUAAGAUGCUUCCCCUAAAAGCUUUCAAUGACCUCAAUUCAUCAAUUAUGUAUGGGCAUCUCAGUCAAAAUAUAAUCCAUGAUGCAAGCAGCAGGAACACUGAUAUUGGUUAUGAGUGUAUUGCUGCUCUCCUUCUAAACAGGGCUUUCUGUGAAUUUGAAUUUGAAGAUGUUCAGAAGCUUUCUGCUGAGCUUUGUGGGCGCAUUCAUCCACAUGUGUUGUUCCCCUUUCUUUGCUCCAUUUUAGAGACGGCUGUUGAUUCUAAGAAUAUAAUGAAGAUAAAGGCGUGUAUAUUUUCAAUCUGCACAUCCCUUGUGGUCAGAGGCUGGCAGUCACUUUCUCAUCCUUCAAUGUGUGCAAUUAGAAAGAUGAUUGAAACAGUGCUGUUAUGGCCUUGCCUGAAUGCUGAUUCAGUUUCUAAAGCUCAGCAUGGAUGUAUUGACUGUCUAGCACUGAUGAUAUGUGCUGAACUACAAGCUAAGGAAUCAAUCACUGACUCCAUGCCAGACAGAAUUAGGGUUGCUGGGAAGAAAGGGAAUUCCGUUGUAACCUAUGUAAUCAAUCAGUUGUUGAAUGACAAAAACAAACAAACUUCAACUCCUGAGUUUGGGGGUGAAAACUCUGAAUUUGUGGUUGCAGUUCCUCUCUCAUUUCGUCUGUGCAUGGGUAAUGUUCUCAUCAGCACUUGUCAGAAGAUUUCAGAAUCUUGUAAGAAGCUCCUUGCAGCGCAAGUUAUUCCUUUUCUCCUUCAUUCUCUUGAGUUUGAAACGAGGUCAGAGAUUAGAUCAGCAUGCACCCAGGUCCUGUUUUCAGCUGUCUAUCAUCUAAGAUCUGCAAUUCUUCCUUAUGCUUCUGACCUUCUCAGAAUCGCACUACAAGCCCUGGGAAAGGAGUCAGAUAAGGAAAGGAUGGCUGGUGCGAAGCUAAUAGCGUCUCUUAUGGCCAGCGAAGAUGUGAUUUUGGAAAACAUAUCAGGUGGACUAUUAGAAGCAAGGUCUGUACUCUCAACCAUAUCUUCAUCAGAUCCUUGUUUGGAGUUACAACAGCUGUGCCGGAAGUUGCUAGCAUGCUUAUCUUCUCCGUGAGUUGCGACAAACUUUUUGUCGAGUAUGUUAUUAUUACAAAAGAUCACACUUAGUUGCGGCAUCACUCUUCUCCCCUUUUAUUUAUUUAUUAAGUGUACAUAAUUCUCUUUUGUAUGUGCACAUAAAAUAUUUUUGAAAUAGGUUUGAUUGCCUACUCGAGUUGUAUACAACAGUUGUUAAUACCAGGUUAACAUCGAAUUCAUGGAUUUACUCGCAUCCAUAGAUUUUUUAAUAAAUCAUCACUUAAGUC